AUGCAACAUCCUUUGACAGGGACGACUUGCGUGGCGCUUCCGAACGUGGGUAUGUGUCCCCAGCUCUCCUGCGCUUUGACUCUUAUGUACUUACAGCAGGGUAAUCAGGAAGCCACUGCGCCCCCUGAAACGAUGGCCCAGCCUUACGCCUCCGCCCAGUUUGCGCCUCCUCAAAAUGGCAUCCCAGGAGACUACACUGGUCCCCAUCCUCACCCGACCCCCGACUACUCCGGGCAAACCACGGUUACAGAGCACACGUUAAAUCUGUACCCGCCUGCGCCGACGCACUCCGAACCAAACACAAGUGACACAAAUGCACAAACUGUCUCAGGCACAGCCACCCAGACGGACGAUGCAGCACAGACCGACGGUCAGCAACAGACACAAUCUUCUGAAAACACAGAGAACAAAUCACAGCCCAAACGGCUGCAUGUUUCAAAUAUCCCCUUCAGAUUUCGGGAUCCAGACCUCAGACAAAUGUUUGGGCAAUUUGGUAAAAUCUUAGAUGUUGAAAUUAUUUUUAAUGAGCGAGGCUCAAAGGGAUUUGGUUUCGUUACUUUCGAAAAUAGUGCUGAUGCGGAAAAGGCGAGGGAGAAAUUACACGGCACCGUGGUAGAGGGCCGUAAAAUCGAGGUAAAUAAUGCAACAGCACGAGUCAUGACGAAUAAGAAGACAGUUAACCCUUACACAAACGGUUGGAAAUUAAAUCCAGUUGUUGGUGCAGUCUAUAGUCCAGAAUUCUAUGCAGGCAGGGUGCUCCUGUGCCAAGCAAAUCAAGAAGGAUCUCCCAUGUACAGUGCCCCCAGUUCACUAGUAUACACGUCCACAAUGCCGGGUUUCCCGUAUCCAGCUGCAACUGCAGCUGCCGCGUACCGAGGGGCCCACCUUAGAGGCAGAGGUCGCACCGUCUACAACACAUUUCGAGCUGCAGCACCCCCGCCUCCGAUUCCAGCUUACGGCGGUGUUGUUUACCAGGAUGGAUUUUAUGGUGCAGACAUUUAUGGAGGGUACGCAGCCUAUCGGUAUGCCCAACCUACUACCGCUACUGCCACUGCCUACAGUGAUAGUUACGGACGACUUUAUGCUGCAGACCCCUACCACCACACACUUGCUCCAGCAGCCACCUACGGCGUUGGUGCCAUGAAUGCUUUUACACCCCUGAGUGAUGCCAAGAACAGAAGCCAUGCUGACGAUGUCGGUCUCGUUCUUUCUUCAUUGCAGGCUAGUAUAUACCGAGGGGGAUACAGCCGUUUUGCUCCAUACUAA